CCUGCGCCCUAGCGGCUGCCGCGGCGGCCCAGGGCUGAGGCGAAAGGCGGCCGCCUGCCGCAGGGCCCCGGGGCUGCCCCGGCUCCCAGAGCAUGUGAUGGCUGCUGAGAAGAGACUGCAAGAAUACGGUGUACUUUGCAUUCAGGAAUACAGAAAAAACAGCAAAGUGGAGUCAAGUACACGUAACAGCUUCAUGGGCUUGAAGGAUCACCUGGGGCAUGACCUCGGCCACCUGUAUGUGGAGAACACUGACCCACAGUUAAGUGCAGCUGUACCUUGGCCAAUGGUAGAAAAAUCAACAAUGGAUACAGUUAAUGCCGGGAAGGAGGAAAAAGAGGUAUCUGAAGAGAAUGUGAGCUCUGGUGACUCUGAAGAAAGCACAAAUUCUGAUCAUGAGUCAGAACAAUUGAAUAGCAUUUCAGUAGAGCCAUGCUUGUUAACCAAGACUCACAGACAAUUAUGUAGGUCUCCCUGCUUAGAGCCUCACCUACUCAAACACAAUGAAAUUUUGCAAGACUUUAAACCUGAAGAGUCCCAGACUCCGUCCAAGGAAAUGAAGAAACCCCCUGAUGUGGUGCGAGAAUACCAAACAAAACUGGAGUUUGCACUUAAGUUGGGUUAUUCUGAAGAACAGGUUCAGCUUGUGUUAAACAAACUUGGUACUGAUGCUUUAAUCAAUGAUAUUUUGGGAGAACUUGUCAAACUGGGAAAUAAAAGUGAGGCUGAUCAAACAGUUAGUACAAUUAACACUAUAAUGCGGGAAACUUCUUCCCUGGAAUCUCAGAGGUCUGAAUCGCCAAUGCAAGAGAUUGUAACAGAUGAUGGUGAAAAUCUAAGACCAGUUGUUAUUGAUGGCAGCAAUGUGGCAAUGAGCCAUGGAAACAAAGAAGUAUUUUCCUGCCGAGGAAUAAAAUUGGCAGUGGAUUGGUUUUUGGAAAGAGGCCAUAAAGAUAUUACAGUUUUUGUUCCUGCUUGGAGAAAAGAGCAAUCCCGACCUGAUGCUCUCAUUACAGAUCAGGAAAUUUUACGUAAAUUGGAAAAGGAAAAAAUCCUGGUGUUCACGCCAUCCCGGCGAGUCCAGGGAAGGCGAGUGGUGUGCUAUGAUGACAGGUUCAUUGUGAAGCUUGCUUUUGAGUCAGAUGGUAUAAUUGUGUCCAAUGAUAACUACAGGGAUUUGGCUAAUGAAAAACCAGAAUGGAAGAAGUUCAUAGAUGAGCGGUUAUUAAUGUAUUCCUUUGUCAAUGACAAGUUUAUGCCCCCUGAUGACCCUCUUGGCAGACAUGGCCCAAGUCUGGAUAAUUUUCUGAGGAAGAAACCUAUUGUUCCUGAACACAAAAAGCAGCCGUGUCCAUAUGGAAAGAAGUGUACCUAUGGACACAAGUGCAAAUAUUACCAUCCCGAAAGGGGCAGUCAGCCUCAGCGGUCAGUGGCUGAUGAACUUCGUGCCAUGUCUAGAAAUACAGCAGCCAAAACUGCAAAUGAAGGAGGACUGGUGAAAAGCAACAGUGUUCCUUGUAGCACAAAGGCUGAUAGCACUUCUGACGUCAAACGAGGUGCUCCAAAGAGGCAAUCAGAUCCAAGCAUAAGGACUCAAGUCUACCAAGACCUAGAAGAAAAGCUUCCCACCAAAAACAAAUUGGAAACCAGGUCUGUACCUUCCUUAGUUAGUAUACCGGCUACUUCUACUGCAAAACCCCAAAGCACUACAUCUUUAAGCAAUGGCCUUCCAUCUGGAGUUCAUUUCCCACCUCAGGAUCAAAGACCACAGGGACAAUAUCCUCCAAUGAUGAUGGCAACCAAAAAUCAUGGAACGCCAAUGCCUUAUGAACAGUAUCCAAAAUGUGACUCACCUGUUGACAUUGGAUAUUAUUCCAUGUUAAAUGCAUAUUCAAAUCUGAGUAUCUCAGGCCCAAGAAGUCCUGAAAGGCGUUUCUCAUUAGACACAGACUAUAGAAUAAGUUCUGUAGCUUCUGACUGCAGCAGUGAAGGGAGUAUGAGCUGUGGGAGUAGUGACUCAUAUGUGGGGUACAAUGACCGAUCCUAUGUCAGUUCUCCUGACCCCCAGCUGGAAGAGAAUUUGAAGUGUCAACACAUGCACCCUCACAGCCGCCUUAAUUCCCAGCCUUUCCUGCAGAAUUUCCACGACCCCUUAACCAGAGUGCAAAGUUACAGUCAUGAAGAACCAAAGUUCCAUCACAAGCCUCCUCUUCCACACUUGGCUAUGCAUCUGCAGCACCCUGCUGUGGGUGCCCGGUCUAGCUGUCCUGGUGAUUACCCCUCUCCUCCAAGUUCAGCACACUCGAAGACACCACACCUAGGAAGGUCCCUAGUGGCUACCAGAAUAGACAGCAUUUCUGAUUCCAGACUCUAUGACAGUUCUCCUUCAAGACAAAGAAAGCCUUACUCCCGUCAGGAAGGGUUGGGAAGCUGGGAUAGGCCGAGUUUCGGAAUGGAUGCCUAUGGGUAUCGGCAGACUUAUUCCUUGCCUGAUAACUCCACACCACCGUGUUACGAGCAGUUCACCUUCCAGAGCCUACCUGAACAGCAGGAGCCCACCUGGAGAAUACCAUAUUGUGGAAUACCACAAGAUCCUCCAAGGUACCAAGACAACCGGGAAAAGAUUUAUAUCAACUUGUGCAACAUCUUCCCACCUGACCUUGUGAGAAUUGUCAUGAAAAGAAAUCCUCACAUGACAGAUGCCCAGCAGCUUGCUGCAGCCAUUUUAGUGGAGAAAUCACAGCUGGGUUAUUGAAAGAUGAUGCAUCAUUGUGGUGUUUAGUAGUUUUUUGUUCAGCUCAAAUGCUGAGGGAGGUUUGCUACAAUAGCACAUGUGAUCUCCUUCUCAGCAAGGAGGUUAAAUAGUAUCCAUUUAUGUGAAAUACUGUAUCAUGGAAUCUGUAUGUAUAGCCCCACUUGGUGGAAGUAUCACGGGAUUGCUUUACAUUCAAACUUUUUUUUUAAACAUUUCCUUUUUAAAGCUAUAUCCUUGGCUGGAAAAUUUUCCAGUUUGAUUUAAUAGAUGUAUCUGUGAUCUUUGAUAUUAAUCUUUGGUGCAUCAGGGGUUUAUAUGCAGCACUUUUUAUCUUUGUUUCAUGUUUUAUUAACUUGGUGUUUAUCUAUCAAUCGCAAGCAAUUAUAAUACCUUCAGAAUGUGGAAACUUUGACUAGACCUAGCAAACUAUUUUUUCAAGCCAAGCUUAAUUAGAAUCUUUUACAGCUUUUUAAGUUAUUUUUAUUUGGGGAAAGUGGGCUUCUUUGUGCUAUAAUCAUUAUUUAUAGAAACAAAGAUAUACUACAGCACUGACUUUAUAUUUUAGACAAAAUGUAAGUUACCGGUUUAUGUUGAAAAGGGUAACAGUAUAUAUUAGAAUGAUUUACAAUAUGGCACUUUUCACUGUUGUAUUUUUGUUUGGAUUUUUUCUGUUAAGAAUUAGUUAACUUAAUAUGGUCAGUUUAAAAGAAAGCAGAUGCAAUCAAUGGAAAAAAUCAUUUCCAUUUUUUUAUUUUUAUUUUUUUAUGAAUAAGGCAAAAGCCGUAACUGUUACAGGUUAGAGCUUUGUUAUCCAGCUAUGAUGUGCUUCUAGACAGUAGGAAUGGAAUUGAAUUCCUCGAUUUCCAUUAACCCGUAUUUUUAAUGUCUGUCUAUUUGUUUGGGGGGCACAACAAUACUGGAUAAAUAACCCUUUCACAGUACUUGCCUGUUUUUAAUGAAUCUAAUUAUUCUCAAUGCAACUUUUAUAUUUAAUAUACUCUAGCUUUCCUGCUAUUUAUCAAGGCUGGCCUGAGGUGGUUUUAUGUGUUGAGGAUAUGCAACAUUUAUUGAUACUGCACUAUAGAAGUGGUGAUGGAGGAGUGUAAAUGGUAACUUAAAAUUUUUGUAAGAUACUGUAUAUUUUCCAUUUCCUGAAGGUAGUUUUUUUGGGGGGCCUGUUAUAUUAUUAAGGCCAGACUCUUGCCACAAAUAGUGUAGUUUUAGAUACAGACUAAAGUCUGUUCUAGUAUUAGUAAGGGAUAUUUCUGGUUUCAAAGUCAUGGGUUUUGCUUGUUGCAGUUACAUUUCUAUGGACUAGAAGAUAGAUUUUGCAGUCAGCGGCAGUCAGUCAUGUGAUUGACAUAACUUGACUGUUYCCUCUAGAUUCUGGAUUUUACUUAGUGUAGCAGACACAUUCAGAUCUAUUUUUACAGUCUGCCUGGAUGCUCUGGUCAUUGGGAUUAUUCUACAUGCUGUAGUUUGAAGUAAAGCCCUGAAAAACCAGAAAGUACCUUUUACUGUUGAUACAAAUUGUAUCUUUUUAACUAUAAGAACUAUUUUGAUUUGUAGAUCUAGUAAAAAACACAAAUGUGUAACUAUGAUUAGACUUUUGGGCAACAUUUUAUCCCUUAUUUAAAUACAAAUUUUUAAAGUAAAAUUGAGGUCUAGAAUAGGGUAGAAAAUAAAAGUAACAAUUUAGGUAAAUAAAAGUGUCUGUCUUAGUUUUAUAUAAUAUAUUAAAAUAUAUUAAAUAAAUUUAUUGGCAUUUUCUUUCUCCUAAAACUUAUAUUAUAUAGUCUGAACUUAAAAUAAAGGUAAAAUGCUGCCUGAAAAUAAUGUCCAAGCAUCUUUGACUAGGAUAACAUUUUCACUACUUGUGUGACACUGUGUGUUGCAUGAAGUAGGAUUUGGGUAUACAGUAAAUGCUUCUAAAAGGCAUUGUGCAUUAUUGACAUAUCCAAUAAUCUGAACCAUGUUCAGCAAACUUAAUUCAGGAAAGUGAUGUUCUACACAAUUAUUGCUGUUGUGUUUGAAGUGAGUGUGGCAUGCAUCUGUACCCAAAAGUAAUGCAGGUGACGCCACACAGACCAUUUUGAGUGGUGUCUGAGCAACCCGUACUCACUUGUGAAGUUGUUUUCCUUGAUUUUGUCAGUCAUUAUCUACAGAACAAGUUUAAAUACAGAGGCUAAAUGCGUGCCAAAAGUAGGGUUACAGAUGUGUAGUAUGUUUUAUGUUAGUCAUAAUCUAAGAUUAUAUAGUAUAAAAAUCACUUUUAAAUUAUUCUUGUAGGUUUUGCUUCUGUUUUCUUUGUAGCUUUUUAAUUAUUUGAA